CUUCUCUAUUGCUAGCCGGGCACCAGAAUAAUACUAGCUGGGAAAUAUAUAGAAUUUUCAAAUUCGCACUUGCUUGCAGGUUCUCGUCAUGGCUUCAUCCGCCAUCCCAGCAGCAGACCUCAAAUCAUUUACCGACCACCUCAGAGGGUGCAAAAGGAUAAUUGCACUACUAGGAGCUGGCAUCUCCGCCUCCUCUGGACUGCCCACAUUUCGAGGUGCCGGCGGAAUCUGGCGAUCGCAUGAUGCCACAGAACUGGCAACUCCUGAAGCAUUCAAUGCCAACCCAGACCUGGUUUGGCAGUUCUACAGCUAUCGAAGGCACAUGGCCCUCCAAGCCCAACCCAAUCGUGCACACUAUGCUCUGGCCAAGCUCGCCAAGAAGAAUCCCAAGUUCAUCACGCUGACGCAGAAUGUUGACGGUCUUUCACAGCGCGCAGGCCACCCCCCUCACCAGCUUCAUCUCCUUCAUGGCUCCCUGUUUACCGUCAAAUGCACGUCAUUCUACUGCAGCUACUCUCGUGAAGAUGAUUUCUCAGACCCGAUCGUGCCUGCACUUGCAAUUCCUAAGAGCGUGGCAGACCUCGGCCCAUUCGCGGAGGAUAAAACAGGGGAGCAGGCGUCCCGGGCCCUGGCGGACGCGCUGAACACCGCGGAAGAGGGCGCAGAGCUGGACAUCUCCGAUGAACGGGUCCCUCUUCCCACGCUGAGUCCCGAUGUACUGCCGCACUGUCCGGAGUGCAAGGAGGGGCUUCUACGGCCUGGCGUGGUGUGGUUUGGGGAGAGCCUACCGCUACGGACGCUGGACUAUAUCGACAAGUGGCUGAGCGCGGACAAGGUUGAUCUCAUCUUGGUCAUCGGGACGAGCGCGCAGGUCUAUCCUGCGGCCGGGUAUGUCGAUAAAGCGCGCGAACGGGGUGCGAGAGUGGCAGUCAUUAAUAUGGAUCGCAAUGAUGUUGGGUCCUCUGGGUUGACUUCAAAGGAUUGGCUGUUCCAGGGUGAUGCCGGAGUUAUCGUGCCUCAGAUAUUAGAGCCUGUGAUUGGC